UAGUGUGACUGCCACGUACUGGUUGACAGCUGAGAGGGGUCACUUCCUGAUGCUGCUCUUGCUAGGCUAGUAGCAAGCAACCUACUUUUAUUUUCACCGUUGUUUUUUUUUUUUUUGUAGUGGGUAGCAAACAACAGUGAAAUACGGCGUUGUUAUAAGGAGCAGGUUAUUCAGCUGAAGGCUCGCUGAGCAAGUCUGGCCUGUGGAUGUCAUCAAAACCACGCCGGGCACCAGUUUAGUUAAAAACAGUAGAAGGAUUCUUGUCAGGUGGUUGAAGCUGAUAGAGUCUGGACGGCACAAUGAACGGCCAGCUCGACCUGAGCGGGAAGCUGAUCAUCAAAGCCCAGCUGGGCGAUGACAUCAGACGCAUCCCCAUCCACAACGAAGACAUCACUUAUGACGAGCUAGUGCUGAUGAUGCAGCGUGUCUUCCGAGGCAAACUGCAGAGCACAGACGAGGUCACCAUCAAAUACAAGGACGAAGAUGAUGACCUCAUCACCAUCUUUGACAGCUCUGACCUCUCCUUCGCUAUCCAGUGCAGUAGAAUUCUCAAGCUCACUUUGUUCGUGAACGGCCAGCCAAGGCCUUUGGAAUCCAGUCAGGUGAAGUACCUGCGCAAGGAGCUUAUUGAGCUGAGGAAUAAAGUCAACACCCUGCUGGAUACCUUGGAGCCUCCCACAGAGCCUGGUGUGGUCGCCACUGCACCCGAAAGCGAAACAGUUGAUGGACGUGAAGGCAAAGUGGCGACAACAGACUCCGCCGCCAAACAUGUGACCCCUGUCAGUGCAGCAAGCAUGUCUGCCUUUGACCCCCUGAAGAACCACGAGGAAGUCAAUAAGAAUGUCAUUUCAGCUUUCGGCCUGAGCGAGGACCAGCACCCAGCUCCGCCAGCAGCCGCCCCAGAGGAGCGCUCAGGGACCCCGGAUAGCAUCGCUUCCUCCUCGUCUGCAGCCCCUCAGCCAGGAUUGCCUCCCCAAGCACAGGCUUCCUUUCCCGGAGUACAGCAGGGACCCCCAGCUGGCAUGGAUGGUCAGGUGUACCAACAGUACCAGGCCCCAGGUGGAUACCCGCCACAGCAGUCAGGUGCCCCCCCUCAGCCGCAGUACGGAAUGCAGUAUCCUGCAGGAUACAGUUCCCAGCCGGGAGCCCCCCAGCCCGCUCCGCAGCAGCCACAGCAGUUCCAGAACUACGCGCCUCCUUCAUCCCAGGCCCCAGCCCCAGGCCAGGCCCCAGCUGUCCAAGGCUUCCAAGGUGGCCAACAGCCACAGCAGCAACAUCCUCCUCAGGGACCCCAGCAGUACCCACCAGGAGCCUUCCCUCCCCAAAACUAUACCUCCCAGGCGUCGCAGCCCGCCAACUACAGCAUGCCACCCAACUCCCAGCCUGGUUAUCAGCCUCGACCGGGGUACACCCCACCUCCAGGGAGCACCCCACCACCCGGGGCUGCUAAUCCAUACGCCCGCAACCGCCCCCCUUAUGGUCCGGGCUACACUCAGCCAGGCCCUGGAUACCGAUAAAGAGGGGUGUGUAAAUGAUCCUCUCUCACACACACACACAACCCUGGUGGCUCUUUGGACUUGGGGCAGGAAUCUUAGCCUCAUAUGAAUAUCAAAUCCAAAAACAAGUAAACCCUUCCCCUCAGUCUGAUGGUUAGUGUUUGUAUGGUGUCUCUCCAACAUGCCAUUAGCCUUUUUCUUUGUUUUUGUGUGUGUACUUUCUCCACUAUUUCCUGACACCACCUCUCCUUCCCGCUUUUUUGAUUCUGAUGUAAACACAUGGAAGACAAAAACAUGCUUUUUUGUUGUGACACUUCAUUUUCUCACCUGGCGCAAUAACUGACAUCUGACACAAUGAAACGUUACUCCGUUUUGUGUUCUUAUUUGCGUCACCCACUACCAACUGUUGGCCAUCAGGGAACACUAGCUAAGUGAAGACAUACGGGAGGAGGGGGUAAUCCUAGCAUAAAGGCUUUCCCUUUGUUGACCCCAAUUAAAAUUUACUAUCACUUGUUUUUACUAAUCAUGUUCAGGUGAGAUUAGUCAUCAUUGUAUAAAACUAACUUUUUUUUUUUUUUGCCAAAAUAAAUAAUUGAGACACUU